UCCCUCCAUCUCUCUCUCUCUCUCUCUCUCUCUCUCUCUUUCGAGAUCGGCUAUUCUCAGCUGAUGCAAUAGCUUCUUCCUCUCCUCCUCAGCCUCAGUCCUUAGGCGUCGGUCCGGUCAGAACUCUUGAAAAGAGAAUCCUCAUCAAACAAUGGAAGAUAAGGAAGCAGAAAAGCGACUCAGAUGAUGAGGAUAUUCGUGGGAGGAUUGGGGGAGAGCGUGUCGGCUGAAGAUUUGCAGAGGUUGUUUGGGUCACUGGGAAUGGUUCAGGGACUUGAUAUUGUCAGGUCCAAGUCUCGCAGCUUUGCCUAUGUCGAUUUCUCCCCUUCUUCCCUUAAGUCCCUUUCCAAGCUCUUCAGCACUUAUAAUGGGUGUGUCUGGAAGGGAGGGAGGUUGAAGCUUGAGAAGGCUAAAGAACAUUAUCUUGUCCGUUUGAAACAAGAGUGGGCAGAACAAGCUGAACUUGCAAGUAAGGCACCUGAUAACGGUUUUGAUGCGAAUGAAGACAUAGCCUCUUCCAACAAGCCUAAGAAAGACCUUAAUUUAGAAACAAAGCAACUUCGGAUUUACUUUCCCAGCUUAAGAAAGGUGAAAGUAUUGCCAUUAAGUGGAAGUGGCAAACACAAAUACAGUUUCCGAAAUGUUGAGGUUCCUCCUCUCCCAAUUCAUUUCUGUGAUUGUGAAGAGCAUUCUAUUGAUCCUCACCCUGCAAAAGAAAAACAAACUAAUGAUCUAGAAGCACAAAGUGGGGGCAUGAAUGAGGAAGAGAUUAACAUAAUGAAUUCAGUGAUGAACAAGCUCUUUGAAAGGGAAAAGGUAUCGGAUGCUGCACAUAGUGGAAAUGGACAGGCCAAGGAAAGAGAUAAUUCUGCCAAAUUGAUUUCUGGCUUGCAAUUUGAUGAGAAUGAAGCAGACUCUGAAACGGAUGAAGAUAAUCUCAUAAUUAAUGUGGUGAAAAGGAAAAACAAUAGGAUAGAUUUGUUAGGUGUCCAGGAAAAGGAGCAAAUUUCUGAAAAUCAGGACUUCAGUGGCAAGCGAACUUCCAAGGAUGGGCAAAAUCAGAAUGCGCUCAAAGAGCAGAAAAGGAAUACCGUACCUCCUAACAAGAAGAGGAAAUCACUCAAUCAAGAAAGUGAUGAAAAUGGAUCUCUCUCUGCUAUCACUAGAGGCAAGGGGAAGUUAAAAAACCAUUCAGAUGAAUCAGCUGUAUUGGGAGCUCAACUGGCUGAACCAGAAUCUGGUAUCCAACAAUCAGCUCCUGUUGUUUCUUGGUCUCAGAAGUCUUCAUGGAGAGCUCUUGUUGGUGAUAAGAGCAACACUUCAUUCAGUGUCUCACAUAUCUUGCCAGGCAUUGCCUCUAGCAAGGAACAGCAACCAAAAUUUGAUGGUUCAUCUGUGCCUGACUCCACUGUCAGCAAAAAUGACAACUUAGUAAGGCAUGGAGAUCACUUGGAAAGUCAUUCAAGCGAAACAAUUAAAGAGGUCACAGAAACUCAGCCUGCCAAACCUAGUGCAGCUUCAAGUAAUUCUGGCAAGAGGUGCUGCUUGGCUCCAGAAAUCCUCUUUGGACACAAUUGAUUAGUGAGAAUAACAAUAGUUCAUUUAGCCUUGAACAACUUUUGCCUGGUAUUUCUUAUGAAAAGCAAGUGCAAGCAAAGCCCAAUAGUGUGGACAUUGUUGAUUGCACCAACGGUGAGCACAGUGAUUUAAGGAAAGAUGAUAAUAGUGAAUUGCCUGGAAAUGGAUCUACUAUUUUGGUAACUGGAAGGGAUGUUAGGAGUACUCCACAGAGACAUCAGCAGACUGUUGUGGGUAAUAAUGAGGCCCCUGCUCCAAUAUUUGAGAGAAAACAUGAUUCAGCACCAAAGCUAACAUCUACUAGAAAUGUUAUAAUUGGUGAAACUUGUUCUUUUAUGAGAAGUGCUGCUUCUCUGAAAGAGUGGUCAAAAGCUAAGGCUGCUUUAAGUGGAUCACUCAAGAGAAAAAGUGGUGAGAAAUAGAUGCUUUCAGUGUGUUUGGAGUUAGGUUUUAAGUAUAAGGUGUUUGACAUUGCCAUCAAUUUUUUUUUUUUUUUUUUUUGAGAAACUUUUGCCAUCAAAUUUAAGAGCACUGUCCUAACUUUUGCUUAAUUUUGGGGUUUUACUCUGGAUCAGGCCUCUUUGUAUGUACUUUUGUUUCAUUUUCUAUCUGUUUUGUUAUGGUGCAGAAAGGAAGUAUAUUUACUAUAUUAUGUUCUGAGUGUUCACGUGAUGUUACUUAAAGGAGACAGCUGAGAAGCAUUUCAAGGAAUUCUCUCUUUCUUGUACUUGUAAUUUUCUUGUUAUCAUUAGGGGUGAAAAUUUUAAAAAGAGAAGUAUUCUAUUGUUCUAUAAAGAGAGCAGCCUUUUACAGAGCAGUCAAUCAAUUUUACAACUUUUACUUGCAUAAAUCGAUUGAGAAUCUCAAUUGAAGGAGAUAAAUUUCAUACAUUCUUUUUUCCUUCUCAUCUCUGCUCAUCUGAAUAACUUUUUAAUUUUUUUUUUUGAUAAAAAUUUUGGUACAACUUGUGCAUAAUAUAUAUACAUGAAAAGGCCCUCCAACCCUACUGGUUGAAGUGGUUAACUUUUAUUUUUCUGUACUACUAUCAACUAUGGUGUUGAUGAAGCCUUUUUAGGGCUUUUUAUUCUCGAGGCUGCUUUUGACCACUUAACUGUUCAGAGUCAAUAGAAUCGGAGUCAGAAGGUUUAUGCUUUGACAGUGAAGACGAAGAACUGUCGGUUUUAGACUCUACUUGUCUUGGCAGGGAGGCACGGGCAGGAAUUAAGGGAGCCCCAACUUUCUCUUGCUCAUCCUUGGGCCUCUUGUGUUAAUAAUUAGUCUGCAAUAACUUCAAAUUACUCAUGAUGUUAUGAUUUGCAAUGCAGGAGUUUCAUUAAAUCAGUCAUCCAAGGUUUUCUACCUGGGAUUGCAUUGAAGUUAUUCCUCAUCUUUCUGCCAGCUAUAUUGAUGAUCAUGUCUAAAUUUGAAGGAUUUAAUUCUCUAUCAUCUCUAGAGAGGAGAUCGACCUCUAGAUAUUAUCUUUUCAACUUUGUAAAUGUAUUCCUAGGGAGCAUAAUUGCUGGAAGUGCAUUUGAACAGCUAAAUUCAUUUAUUCACCAAUCAGCAAACAAGAUUCCUAAAACAAUAGGCGUGGCAAUUCCAAUGAGAACAACUUUCUUCAUAACUUAUAUUAUGGUUGAUGGAUGGGCUGGUAUAGCUGGGGAAAUUCUAAUGUUGAAACCUCUUAUAGUGUAUCACUUGAAGAAUUUCUUUUUGGUGAAGACAGAAAAGGAUAGGGAGGAGGCAAUGGAUACAGGAAGUCUUGGUUUCAAUACAGGAGAACCCCGUAUACAAUUCUAUUUACUACUGGGCCUUGUGUAUGCUACAGUGACACCUAUUAUACUUCCUUUCAUAAUCAUUUUCUUCGGCCUGGCUUAUGUUGUAUUCCGCCAUCAGAUCAUAAAUGUUUAUAACCAAGAGUAUGAGAGUGCUGCGGCAUUUUGGCCUGAUGUCCAUGGGCGUGUUAUAAGUGAGUUGGUCAUUUCGCAAGUGCUUCUAAUGGGAUUGAUGAGCACAAAAAAAGCUGCCCAGUCAACCCCAUUUCUCAUUGCACUUCCAAUUCUAACCAUAUGGUUCAAUAGGUUCUGCAAAGGCCGAUAUGAAGCAGCAUUUGUUAUAUAUCCACUACAGGAAGCAAUGAUGAAAGAUACUUUAGAACGGGCAAAGGAACCAAACCUGAACUUGAAAGGCUAUCUUCAAAAUGCAUAUGUACAUCCAGUUUUUAAAGCUAGUGAAGACGAAGAAGAUGAUGAAAUUAAUGAUGACAGAUGGGAGAAUGAGAGUGUGAUUGUGAUUGUGCCCACAAAACGCCAGUCCCGAAGGAAUACACCAGCUCCCAGCAAAAUUAGUCAACUCUACUCUACUCUCCCUCCUUCCCCCCUCCAUCCAAACAAGCCAUAAAUUAGGCUGGAAACUUGGCUUCUUACUGUUUGUUUCACCUUCACAGAACUGUACUAAUGGGCAGGCUGGCACUGUAAAUUAAAGAACAAGAAUAGCGUAUACAAACACAGAGAGACAGGAGGUCAGGACAACCUUUAAGAACUCCAGCAAGAAAGCAAGUUGUCGUUGCAAGGUGUGCAUGAAAUGACUAGAGUGCAGGCUGGUAAAAUGUAGAAAUUUUUUGUGUAUUAUUCCUAAACCGGCCUGUUAAUUGUUGGAUCCUCCACUUGAUAAUUCUAUUGUGAAUCCCUGUAUUUUUAUAGGCCUAAGUUAAACUUCAUGUGGGAAUUUUAUGACAAAACAUUUUUGUGUAAAUAGAGUGAAUCAUCCGAAUGAGAGAUACAGUUUCAUCUUCCAAGCUA